CAAUUCAUUAUUCUCUAGAUUCCUCCUUAGCAAGAGAAAUAGAAAAAGAAUAAAGAGAGAGAAAUUAAUCAAUCUCUUUCAGUUUAGACGUAAUUCCAAAUAAAAAUGGGUGCUUGUGCUAGUUUUCCAAAGGGCUUGAAAGGCAAAGAUAUUAUUAAUGCACCAGCACCCGAGCAUGCUAAGGAGGAAUCCGUUAACGGUGUCGCUGUUGAGGAGGUCAAAACCGAAGACAAAAAGAAUGAUGAUGAGACCCAACAACAUUCUUCCGACUCUUCACCCAAUGAGGUUGACGAGGAGAAAAAAACAAGCGAGGAAGAAGUUGAGAUAAAUCCAAAGGAAAAUGACGAAAACAGUAAGGAAGCACCUAUUACACCAAAGAAGAUUGAAGAAGACAAAGAGAAAGAGGAAAAGGAAGAGAAAGAAGUGAAGGAAGAAAAAGAGAAAGAGCAAGACGAUCACUGAUAUCAUGCUAAGGAGAAGAGUUGAUUGUAGAGCAUUAUAUCAAAUUAUCUUGUUACAUGUUUUCCGAAUCUUUCUUUCUAUUCUUUGGAAAUUGAAUAAUUUCUAAGCUAAAUUAAAUUCUUUGUUGUAACAUGUGUACAUCCUUCUGUUUUGCGAAUGAUGAUUAACUUUAUUCCUAUUAAU